AUGAAGGUCAAGCGCUUGGUGUCGUUGCUGCGCCAAGGAAAGAUCAGGCCGCCACCGCCACCGGCGCCCGAGGUGUGGGAUUUGUGGGCCGAUGAGGCACAACUCCGGCGGAAGGCACCCACGGCCCUGCCAGCACCAAAGAUGGCAUUGCCCGGGCAUGCGGAGUCCUACAACCCGCCCUCCGAGUACCUCUUCACAGAGGAGGAGAAGAAAGAAUGGGAAGAGACUUUUGAAGAGGACCGCACCCUCAACCACCUUCCCCAGAAGUUCGAGAGCUUGCGACAUGUGCCGGGCUACAAGGAUUUCACCUUAGAGCGCUUCAAGAGGUGCUUGGACCUGUACUUGGUACCCAGAGCCUUGAAACAGCGCAUGAACGUGGAUCCAGAAAGCCUCCUGCCCAAGUUGCCCAACCCCAAGGACUUGCGGCCCUUUCCCACCCACAUCGCAGUGAGCUAUGAGGGUCAUGAGGGCAUGAUCCGCUCCGUUGCGGUCGAGGCCACCGGCCGCUACUUGGCGACGGCCUCGUCGGACGAGACGCUGAGGAUCUGGGAGGUGGCCACUGGGCGCCCGGUUCGCAGCAUCAAGUUCAGCAGUGCAGUCACUGCUGUGGCGUGGAAUCCCCAGCAUUUGAUGCUGAGCGUUUCAGCGGAGGAGAACGUCUUCUUCCUGGACCCUCAGUUGGAGAUCCAGGCAGCUCCUGACGGCGAGGCACCGGUGGCUGUGUCAUCCCUGCUGGAGUUCAAGGAGGCGAAUGUGGCGAAACCUGAGGGAGAGGAAGUUGAGGAGCCAACGGCGGCCAAAGCGAAAGCCGUCCACUGGCGUGCCGUGCAGCCCGAUUCGCCUCAGCACGCCGCGGGCUGCAGGCUUUCCAUCGCCACGGACGGAGAUGUGCAGCUCUUGGUGUGGCACCACAAGGGGAACUACUGCGCAGCGGUGAGCCCCAAGGCGCGAGCGACCUCGAACCAGUGCAUCAUCCAUGCAUUGAACCAGCAAAAGUCGAUGCGACCCUUUGCCCGACUGCGGGGUGGACAGCAGGUGCAAAGCUGUGCUUUCCAUCCCAGCAAGCCUCAUUUUCUGGUGGCAACGAUGCGCAGCGUGCGGAUUUAUGAUCUGCAGAAACAGGCGCAAGUGAAACAGCUCAUCAGUGGUGCUAAGUGGAUCUCUUCAGUGACAGUGCACCCCACAGGUGACCAUGUCGUGGUGGGCUCCUAUGAUCGGCGGGUGGUGUGGUGGGAUCUGGAUUUUGCGUCAAAGCCAUAUAAGACACUGCAGUAUCAUGACAAGGCGGUGCGGUGUGCGACGUUUCAUCCGGGCAAGUUCCCGCUGCUGGCCGCUUGCUCGGACGAUGCCACCGUCAGCAUCCUACAUGCCAAGGUCUUCUCAGACCUGAUGCAGAGCCCGAUGAUUGUGCCGGUGAAGCGCCUCCGGGAUCACAUGGUGAAUCAGGGCUUUGGCGUCUUGUCCUGUGCAUGGCACCCGCAUCAGCCCUGGCUUUUCACCGCCGGCGCGGACGGCCGCGCCUAUUUGUGGGCCUAA